UGUCGGGAGAGGCGAGCUCCGACCACGUGCGCUCCUAGUCAUCCUCAAUGGAAAUCCUUGGCUCUUAAUGGCAUCAUGUCAUAAUUUUCUAUUCAAUGUCGGUGCUAGGUACAUCAACUCCAUGGUGUAAUGUGAUCUUCACUUAAAAACAAAUAAAAGGAUUUUAAACAGGGAACAGCGGAUAUUGAUUGUAACAACUGGAAAGUGUUCUGCUAUUGUAACAACUGGAAAGUGUUCUUCUAUUGUAACAACUGGAAAGUGUUCUUCUAUUGUAACAACUGGAAAGUGUUCUUCUAUUGUAACAACUGGAAAGUGUUCUUCUAUUGUAACAACUGGAAAGUGUUUUGCUGAUGAAAAAAAUCGUGAUAUUUUUGGCCGCUUCAUUGGUUUCGAAUUCGAAACAAUCAGCUUUCUAAAGUUUCGAACUGUGAAGUUUUGUAUUACAGGAAGGAUUUCAUGUCGCUGAUGCAGCCCCAUGUCAGCUGAAAUGCAGAGGUGUUGCACAUGUUAUAUCGAUUUGUGAUUGUUGUUUUGGAAUACUUUGCUUCGAAAGGAUUCUAGUGUGUUUUCAUUUUGAAGGAUAUGGCAUACAGGUUGAGUUCUCAAUGAGGAUUAUGGAGCCAUGGAAUACUACAGUGGAUAUCCUCUAUGUCCCGGAUUACACGCCAAACGGCACUGUCCUCGAAACUCUCUACUAUGUCCCACCUGGCAUCAUUGCGUUACUUGCCUUACUGUACGGGUCUAUCUCCGUCUUGGCCGUCAUAGGGAACGGAGCGGUCAUUGUGGUCAUCAUAAGGAACAGACGAAUGCAGACAGUGACCAACUUAUUCAUAGCAAACAUGGCUUGUGCCGAUGUCUUCAUAGGCAUUAUAUCCAUCCCUUUCCAAUUCCAUGCGGCACUUCUACAAAAAUGGGUGCUAGCCGCGUUCAUGUGUCCUCUGGCGCCUUUUGUACAAGUCUUGACAGUCAACGUCAGCAUAUUCACUCUAAUGAUCAUCUCAAUAGACCGAUACUUUGCCGUCAUUCAUCCUCUAAAGCACAGAGUGUCCAAGUAUAUUGCAAAGAUUAUCAUAGGUGUGACGUGGACUUUUGCCGGAGUGUCAAGCAUCCCUUGGAUACUUUUUAACAAGGUUCAAAUCGAGCAAGAUGAUAGUGACCCUGGAAAAAACAAAUCGUAUUGUGCGGAUACUUGGCCGGAUUUACGAUGGAGAAAGACCUAUACACUCUAUUUGGUGGUGAUUCAGUAUAUCAUGCCUCUGUCCGUGAUUAUGUGUGCGUACUGUAGAAUUGGAUACAAAAUAUGGGGAGCGAAAACGCCAGGAUUUGCUGUAGAUUCACAAGAUAGAAUUAUAAGUCACAAUAAGCGAAAGGUUAUAAAGAUGUUAAUCGUGGUGGUGGCGCUGUUUGCUCUCUGCUGGCUACCUCUUCAAGCAUACCACCUGUUAGCUGAAAUAGAUGAAAGAGUAAACCAGUACAAAUAUAUCAACAUCAUCUGGUUCUGUUCCAACUGGUUAGCCAUGAGUAAUUCGUGUUACAACCCUUUCAUUUAUGGCUUGUUAAGUGAAAAGUACAAACGUGCAUUCCGCCAGCUCUUCGCUCAGUGCUUCUGCCAUCCUUGUUUCGGCGACAAACAUUGCGACUCCGACGAAAACAACCGCAAGUCCACCUCAAGUCAUACGACUAGUGAAUCGACGAUCAGGAUUGGAGUAAACAAUAGCCGAUACAGACGCUACAUGAAAGUGACUAUUCAGGAUGAGGAGUCGAGCUACGUAUGAUGCUACUUCUCCUCGUUUCAAUGUUUUGUUAUUCUUUCCUCCAUCAUCGGCAUUUUGAGAAAUGUGACCUCUGCUCUUCUGCAAGAUGGACUGUUUUUACAUCCAGCCUCGUUCCUACUCGCUCAUUAUAGAAUAGCUCCGUCUGCUGAAUGGCGACAUCGACCAUCUGGGGUCUUCCCAGUGCCUGAUGCGGGUGAUCAAUCCCGCCUUGUCGAAAGAAAGGCGCUGUUGCAGCGUUUCACGAUAUUGUGACAUGGUGUCAUGCAAAGAAUCAUUUCGUCACAUUAUUAUCAAUAACGAGAUGUCACUCUAUCAUGGGAUGCAGCAACGGAAACUCUCUAUAGAUGGGAACAUUACGAGAGUUGGUGGACGGGUCCCUGGGCCAUCCCAAUCCGUGACCAAUUCAUAUUAUUAUUAUUGGUACGAUGUUUAAAGAAAAUCUUGGCUAUAAUGUUUCAAAGGACUAUUGGCACUUAAUGGAUUUCGAUAAAUUCAAGAUGGCACUCGGGAUCCAAGAUGGCUGCCGAGAAUCAAGAAAUAUCUCUCCUCGUGCUAAUAGGUAAUAAGUUAUCUACAGCUCUUAGCUUCAUGUAUUGGUAUUUUAACCAGCGAAAUGGAGAAAUAGCCCACCGACCUACUUUAAGCCACACAUAACAUGGACUGAAUAUGGUGAUAAACAUCCUCUCAAUGUGUUAACUGGGAUCUGUGCCUUUUGUAAAAAUAUAUCUUCUCACUACUGUUGAAAUCAUGUCAAUUUUUGUGAUGUUACUGAUAAGUGAGCAAAAUAAUGCGUAAGUAUUGUAAAAUUGUCCUUCAAAGUGAUUUUUCCCACUUGGCAACCUUACUUCACAAAGGGAAUAAAUUUCACUUCAAGCUACCGUAAAACAGGGUUUCAACCUUCCCAAAAGUGGCAUGAAAUGGCCCACACCUUUCCUCAAUGAAUUGAACCACCUCUGGCUACACAGGUCAGUCUGUCGCUCGUUCCAGAAGUUGGGGGACAAUAUUCCAUUUCAGGUACGGUAGUUCUGUCGCUGUUGUUAGUCAUUUGUUCAUCGUAUUAAGACAGUAGCCACCUGUUAGUGAUUUUAAUUUUAUCUUAAGUAUCUUUUAUUGUCUUCCAAAGCAACCCUUUAGCUAUAGUGAGGUACACCUAACAUAAGUAUGCGAAUUACAAAGACUUGUAUCCUAUUAGAAUACAAUUAAGUGAGGCUGCGACCAAUGCACAGACUGUGGCUUCACUGUAUAUGAUCGAAACCUACGAGACCAUGGUCUUCGUUAUCAAGAACACUAAUGUUAUUGAAAACGGCGCGGUGCUUUGAAUUCUUUUGUUUGUACUGGUGUGAUAUUUAACAGAACCCAACUUCCCUCUUUUGUAUUCCAUCAGUCAUGUUUUUCAAUAUUCAUAAUUGAAUGUAGAAUAUGGUAUAGAUAUAUGGUAUGUAAACCCAUUGAUUAUGAUCAUGACACUAAAUAAAUUUGUGGAUAUCUUUUGUUA